GCAAGAGCUGUGGAAAAAAUGGUCUAAAGUUAAAGUUAAAGAAUCUAGGUAAUGUUUCCAAUGAUUGUUAUCUGGACAUGAGUAGAACUCUGGAGCUGAAAAGGCACAUGACUUAUUCUGCAUUCAGAGUCCCCCUUAGCUCAGAUGUACACACAGACAUUGGUCCAGCCCUGUUUGUGGAAGACAUGGUCUGGAAAGUAUAGGCAUAUUGUCUUGAUCUUUUUAAGUUUAUGACGUCUUUCCCAUAGACAGGUCAUGGGUUUUUUUAAUGCCUUUAGCUACAAUGGUGGGCGUGAUAGCUUCUUAAGAAAUAAUGAUGCAAGAUGCUCUUUGUUCAUUAAUUCAAACACUGAGUGAAGAGUCUCUCUUUUCUAGCCUGAAAUCUUGUACCCUUUUAAUGUUGAUCUGUGAUUUCAUCCACAGUCCCCUUAAAAUAGUUGGAUUGCUGAUGAAAUAAAAUGCGUCCUGAAUAGCAAAAAUACAAUGUAGAGCCAAUAGAAAGCUGUGCACUAUGAUGUGUAAUCGGGUGAGACAUAUUCUGGUUAUCCAGUAAUUAUUCAUGUUUUGUACAUCAGAUAUGUAUUUUAAUAUAAACAGAUUCAGAGGGGAAAACAACAAGAGUAUGGAACAGCAUUUAUAGACUAUCCGUGAACAGAAGGAAAGAGAAGACCUGCUGGUUAAAAAAAAAAGUGCUGCAUAUACAGAUCCUCAAUCAGCGUGAAUGGCAUUAACAAAGGAUUCGUUUGAACGGAUUAAGUGGCUUAUCACAGCUGCCUGGUGGAUACUGGUUGUUUUUUCAGCACAAGAAACUGAUGGGGGAGGAUAUGCAUAUAUUGAUCCAUGUGGGGGACAAGAUUGCUCAGUUUGUCGGUGCUUUCCAGAAAAAGGAUCAAGAGGUCAGCCUGGUGAGCUGGGACCUCAAGGUCCGAUUGGGUCCUUGGGAUUUACAGGACCACCUGGUCUGCCAGGGGAAAAAGGACAGAGAGGUGAGAAUGGGCAGCCUGGGCCAGCUGGAGAAAAAGGUGAUAAGGGCCCAACUGGAGUCCCAGGAUUUCCUGGUUUAGAUGGCGUUCCCGGCUUACCAGGCAGUGGAGGCCCCAGAGGCAACCGUGGGUUAGAUGGCUGCAAUGGCUCAAGAGGAGAUCCAGGAUUUCCAGGCGAAAGUGGUUAUAUUGGAUCAAGAGGUCCUUAUGGAAAUCCAGGGCAAAAAGGAGAAAAAGGAAAUUCAGUAUAUGUUACACAUUUUGGAAGAGGACCUCCAGGAGACAGCGGUGAUCCUGGACUCCCUGGCAUGCCUGGACCUAGAGGGUCAAGAGGUGCACCAGGCCCAUCUGGAUACCCGGGUCCACCAGGCUUGCCCGGUAUUCCAGGUUACCCUGGUCUGCCAGGUAAACAGGGAAAUCCAGGUAUUGGAGUGGACGGACAGAAGGGGGAGCCGGGCGACAUCGGACUUCCUGGGCCACCAGGGUCACCACUGUUAGUUGGACCUCCUGGAGCUCAGCUGUUCAAAGGAGAAAAGGGCCAAAAAGGACUGCCUGGGGUCACAGGACACAGAGGGCCACGUGGACCCAAAGGUGUACUUGGGAGAGGAGAAAAGGGCGAAAAAGGCAUUCCUGGAUCCCCUGGAUUGCAGGGUCAUCCUGGUUCUUAUGGAGUUGCAGGUUUCCCUGGAAUGAAGGGGGAAAUGGGAUUUGCUGGUUUUCCUGGAAAACCUGGCUAUCCAGGCAUACAGGGGGAUCCAGGAGAAGAAGGUCCCCCAGGUCCUCCAGGAGCCGUUGGAACUCUGCUGCUUCCUAUAAAAGGUCCACAAGGAGAUCCUGGAUUUCCAGGUCCUGCUGGUGAUGUGGGGUCAGUUGGACCAACUGGUCCUGCAGGCUUUCUAGGAAGACCAGGAGAUGAUGGAACAAGUCUACCUGGCUUGCCAGGAGUAAGUGGGCCACCAGGACCUCAAGGUUUUCAAGGUGACCCUGGUUUCCCCGGAACAGGUGAACCAAUCCCAGGAAGUCCUGGAUUUCCUGGACCACCAGGCCUACCAGGACAACCAGGAAGACAAGGCUUACCUGGACUACCCCGUGUAAUCUGUACUGACAGAGGGAUCCCCGGAGAACCUGGAGCACAAGGUCAGAUGGGCCUUCCAGGAAGAAAAGGUGAAAAAGGAGAAAAGGGAAAUCAAGGCCCCUGCUCAUGUGUUGCUGGUCCUCCUGGACCCCGUGGUGUACAAGGACCUCCAGGUACUCAAGGAAAGAAAGGACAAAUGGGAUACCCUGGAAGACGUGGAGAAAAGGGCGAUUCAGGCUUAUCUGGUGCAGUAGGAUCACCAGGGCUCCCUGGAACACCUGGUUCUGCUGGACAACAUGGUGAAAAAGGAGAGAAGGGUGAUCCAGGAAGGAUUAGAAUAAAAGGAAUAAAAGGUGAAAGAGGUCCUGCUGGGGUUCCAGGAUUUCCAGGCCAAAGAGGCAAUGAUGGCAGAGAUGGGGAAGUAGGAUUGCCAGGGGAAAAAGGAGCUGAGGGUGAUUCUGGGGUACCCCUUCCAGGUGAUACAGGAUUUCCUGGGGUUCCGGGACUUCCUGGGAUAAAAGGACAGAUGGGAUUGCCUGGUCUGGGGUUUCCUGGCCCUCCAGGAGUCAGAGGUAGCCCUGGAGACUUUGGUGAUACCGGUAGUGUUGGGCCACCUGGUCCAAAGGGCCAGAAAGGUGACACUGUCUGCAUUACGUUACCAUACCCUGGAAAUCCAGGUCCUCCAGGUUUUAAAGGUGUUCAAGGACCAAAGGGUUUAAAGGGACUCCCUGGUCAUCCUGGACCAAAUGGCUUUGAUGGGCAAAAAGGCCAUCAAGGCAGGCCAGGAACAGGAAUUCCUGGGCCUGAAGGCUUUCGAGGCCAACCUGGUGACCCUGGUGAUGAAGGUGAAAGAGGAGAUACCGUAGAUGGUAAAAAUGGCCCUCCAGGUCCACCUGGCAUAGAUGGUCAGAAAGGUGUUCCAGGUGAUACCACGUAUGGUCCUCCAGGAAUCCCAGGCAACAGAGGGCUGCCAGGACCACCUGGGGCACAAGGCGCAAGAGGUGAUCCAGGCAUUCCUGGGCUUCGAGGACAGCCUGGUACCCCAGGAUUUCCAGGUGCCAAAGGCUUUAGAGGCCCAGAAGGAGAUGUAGGAGCACCAGGCUGUCCAGGCUUCCCUGGUCUACCAUGUGACACAGCCUUACCAGGGCCACCAGGACUCAGAGGUGUCAUGGGCAUGCCAGGACCUCAAGGCUUACCAGGCUUCAAAGGCCAGAGGGGUGACAGAGGCUUAGCUGGGUCACCUGGAAUCAAAGGUCUCAAAGGCUCUCGUGGCUCACAAGGUCCCCCAGGUCCUCCAGGCUCCCGAGGAUUUCCAGGACUUCCAGGCAAUAAAGGACCACCUGGUUUACCAGGACAAACAGGAAGCAAAGGGAUACAAGGACCGCAAGGAUUCCCAGGACUCCCAGGAACACAAGGCCCAAUGGGAAUCACUGGUGUAAAGGGUGAAGAAGGAAAAAUGGGUCCCCCUGGGCCUAGUGGAGAAUGUGGGGAUAUGGGAAUAAAAGGCGAAAGAGGGCUUCCAGGAGACAGUGGCUGCGUUAACAUCCGUCUAGAGAAAGGACAACAGGGGGAACCAGGGUUUCCUGGUGAGAACGGAUCUAGAGGUGAAAGAGGUGAAAAAGGCAAUACUGGUUUCAGAGGCACCCCAGGACUGCCAGGGAAGAAUGGCGCCCCAGGAAUGCCAGGUGACCAUGGUGACACUGGAGUGAUGGGGUUUCCAGGACCACGGGGUUUCCCAGGACCAAAGGGCUUCAGAGGAAUUCUGGGUUUUCAAGGACAACCAGGUGACCAGGGUGACACUGGCUUACCAGGAAUCCCUGGAAAUCCAGGACUGACUGGCCGGAAAGGAUCAAAAGGCAGGAGAGGUGACGUAACUGCUCUGCUCGGUGCACACGGUCAAAGAGGGCCUCCUGGAGAUCCAGGAUUGCCAGGACUGUGUGGAUUCCCAGGAGAAAAGGGCUCACAUGGUAUCCAAGGGCAGCCUGGAGGACCUGGAUCCAAGGGUGACACCGGAUACCCAGGAAUACCUGGACUUCCAGGAGCUACAGGUCCUCAGGGACUGCCAGGAGAACAUGGAGAAGAAGGGAAACAUGGAAUUUCUGGACCUCCAGGAUUACAAGGAUUACCUGGAUCCCAAGGCAGAAAAGGUCUUCCCGGACUGCCUGGACUGGAUGGCUUGGAUGGACUAAAAGGUCAAAAAGGUUCUGCAGGAGCUCCAGGUCAAAGUGACACAGGUGCCCCAGGAUACCCAGGAGAGCUUGGACCAAAAGGAGACAGAGGUGAACCUGGAUGGCCUGGUAUUUCUAUUCCAGGCCCCCACGGAGAAAGGGGAUUCCCAGGAUACCCAGGUAGAAGAGGACCUGUUGGACCCACUGGACCUAUGGGAAGAUCUCCUGAUAGUGCUUCUCCUGGUCACCCAGGGGAUCAGGGACCACCUGGUUUAGAUGGCAUGAGAGGUCACCCUGGGAAUCCUGGUCCUCCUGGAGAGACUAUCUUUGUGCGUGGAGAUCCAGGGGAUAUUGGUAACCGAGGAGCACCAGGUAAUCCUGGGCUGCGAGGGCAACAAGGAGCCAGAGGUCCUCCAGGCAAUCAAGGAAGAAGAGGCCCAAAGGGUCCUAUGGGAAUCCAUGGCCCACAGGGUCCACCUGGUGCUAUAGGACAACCAGGAGACCAAGGUUUUCAAGGAAAACCUGGUCGCAGAGGUCCCACAGGUGACCCUGGUGAACCAGGAAAAACAGAUGAUUCAUGUCCUACAAUCCCAGGACCUCCUGGGGAUGCGGGGCAAAGAGGAGACGAUGGCUCUGUAGGAUUACCAGGGCCUAUAGGCCACCCUGGACCCCAAGGUAGAAAAGGUGAAGAAGGGUCGUGUGGCCUCCCGGGUCAGGAUGGCUUACCUGGGCCACCUGGACCACCAGGUGACCAAGGGAACAGAGGGGAGCAAGGAUUCGCUGGGCCACAAGGUCCACCUGGCCAGACUGGUAUCCCAGGACCACCAGGCCCCCAUAUUAGAUCUGCAAGUGGAUUCUUGCUUGUCCUUCACAGUCAGUCAGACAGAGAACCGCUCUGUCCACAGGGAAUGCCAAAAUUAUGGACUGGCUACAGUCUGUUGUACCUGGAAGGACAAGAAAAAGCGCAUAAUCAGGAUCUCGGUCUGGCAGGAUCUUGCCUUCCUGUGUUUAAUACCAUGCCUUUUGCCUACUGUAACAUCAACCAAGUUUGCUACUAUGCCAGUCGAAACGACAAGUCCUACUGGUUGUCAAGUGCUGCUCCUUUACCAAUGGCACCGCUCUCUGAAGAGGAAAUCCAACCGUAUAUCAGCAGGUGUGCUGUGUGCGAGGCCCCAGCCCAAGUGGUUGCAGUUCACAGCCAGGAUCAGUCAAUUCCUCCCUGCCCAGUGAACUGGAGGAGUCUCUGGAUUGGAUAUUCUUUCUUGAUGCACACUGGAUCUGGUGAUCAGGGUGGUGGACAGUCCCUUAUGUCACCUGGAAGUUGCCUAGAAGACUUCAGAUCAGCACCAUUCAUUGAAUGUCAGGGUCAGCGGGGAACGUGCCAAUUUUUUGCUAACGAAUACAGUUUCUGGCUAACGACUGUGAUGCCUGAAUUGCAGUUUGCAUCAGCCCCCCUGUCAGGAACUCUUAAAGAAGGACAAGAGCAGAGGAAAAAAAUCAGUAGGUGCCAGGUAUGCCUGAAACACGGCUAAUGUGCAAACCAAAACUGAACAGCUAGAGGGAGACCUGAAUAAGGAUGAACAACAUGCUAAGAUACUAUUUUAUAAUAUUAAACAGUAUUGAAUAUUCAAAUGUAUUUGAAAGUGUGCGACGCUGCUCUUUUUGUUAGAAUGGAUGGAUAAAAGUGAGAGAUGAAAGAUCUGUUGAGCCUCAUCCACCCACAUACACACAUCUACAGGGAGUAAAAUCUAGUGUAAAUCACUUGAAUUUAAAGAAACGAAACACUGGAGCCCAGAAACCGUACCUGUUGUGCAAGAAAAUGGAUUCACUGUUAGAAAUAGCACUUGCAACAGGAAGGGCAUAUGCAUUUAUAUGGCAUAUUAUAAACAUUUAUCCCUAUACAGAAGUGCAAACAGAGAUGUGUUCAAGCGCUGUAGCUGAAUUUCCCUCGCUAAAGAAACUCACACAUGCUGUUUCUGAUGGAAGGAGAAAAUGUAAUUGGCAAAAAAGCACCGUAAUAAAAACAACGGAGAUGAAAGUCUUUUACCAUUGCAGUGCUGAUCCAAACUGCAAAAGAAGUGGUAACUGGGCUUUCAUAAGAAAUAAAAAAGUUGCAAAUCCAUUUAACAGCAGAUUAUGUAAGAAAGUAAAAUUAGCUGAGGUAAGUCCUUAAAAGCUCUAUUUAUAUUCACAAUUAAUUUAUAAGAGCAGUUGAAGUAAAUUAUUAAGCUUGGUCCAGGUAGCUGAAGAAACAAAGAAAGUAGUCCCUAAUAUUAAUUAAAAAGAAAUAGUAGCAUGGUGACAAAAUGGGUGAACUUAUCUGAGUGACGAAUAGAAAGCAUCAUUAGGACAACUGUCUAAACUUGAAGCUAAUAAGUUUUGUUCAUUUUUUUUCCUUGUCUUUUGUAAAUACACAGCACAGAAAAAGAACUAUUAUUUAUAGUAUCAUAGCUCUAGAGAUGCUUUUUAUUUUUUAAAGCAUUAAUUAUUAAAGAGCUUUUAAGCUAAAGCAUAAAUCACCAUUUAUAAAAGUUAAAACCCAUCUAUACCCCCUUGAUUCUUCUAUAAAUCCAGAAGUAUUAAAUGUACAUUUGAAUCAUGGUGAAGACUGAAAACAGAGAUUGCAAAUGGAGGAUUCAUCAUGUGUAGAAGGGCCACAAACACUCCUUUUACCACUUAAAUUAGCUAUGUUUUACCAAAAUGGAAUAAAAUGUUUUCUCCAGCACUUUUCUAUUUGUGUUCACUGAGAGGUGCCCCCAGCAAAGGGAUUUUCAAGGAAACAGAGAUCCAUGUCCAAGAGUCCUAAUGCAAAGAAAACUCCCUCUGAAGCCAUCACGAGUCAACAGGCUGAUCAGACAAUUUAAAAGUUGGAUACACAAACUCAAAGAUCAGGAAGGACAGACAUUCCAGUCUCAGUCAGCACGAAGUAAAACAGUCAGAGGGUAAAGUCCAUUCCAGUGUGAAUACAUCAGGCUGUGCAACUUCCUUCUGACAAAACCAACCAAACCCCUCUGAUCAGCUGUGCUUACUUACACACAGCAAUGAACUCUCUGGCUCUUCCGCCUGGGAAAGGGUCAGGAGCCUCCCUGGAGUACAUCCCGGUUCCCACCUGUCUCAGGCACAUUUCCCUCUUGGUCCUAGUGGCCCACUGGGACACGGUACACCUCUUGGUUUACUCUUCAGCCAUCCCACCUGCGUGCUUUGGACCUGGCACACCUCACUGCCUUUGGAGGGACAAAUCCCUACUGUUAAACUGUAUAGAAUAAUUUAAUCCCCUCCUGCCUCAGACGGUAUCCCCCACAGGGGCAAGACUGGCUUUCUGGUUUGAAGCAUAAACCGUCAUCUCUGUUCUGCAAGGUGCUGAGUAGCUUCAGAGCUACCUCCUGCGAGAAAGCAGCAGGUGGAGAAGAGCACUGUGCCAUAGUCCCAUCUUCUUUAAGGUGCGCAGACCCCGUUUCCAAAAAGGCCACAGCUAAAACCACAACGGGCUGGUGGAUUCAGCUUAUAUUCACAGCAGCAAAUGCCCUGCUUCCUCAGGUGGUGCCCCCGUUUCCUCUGUGGAUUUUGGUAAUUCCACAUUGAGAUCUCAUUUAUGAGCUCUUCCUGACAGGACUCACCAGCUGCUCCAUUGCUCAUUUGCUGCCUCUGUUCGUGUUAGGAGCUCUCCGGAGAAAGGUGGUUGCUUUGCUGGAAGUGUUUACACAGCGGGACCGACUGCACUUUGGUGAAAAAUGAAAUAGAACCUCAAACGCUGUGUUAGCGCAAAUUUUGUCGUAAUAAGACAAGAUGAAGUAAGAUGGAAAAAAAAUGUGAUUUUGGAAUGGGAUCUGUGUUCACCUAACGUGAACAAGUACACCAAAACACCUUAAAAACCAUCAGAGAGUAUCAACAAAAAAUAAGACCUGAUAAUCUAACAGAUUUCCUGGUGUUUUACCAUCUUCCUCUUCUGCUUGAUUUGAAAACAUCGUGUAACCCAACCAUGCUUGUCUGUUAUUUUGACGCAGAGUUUUUGUGCCUGUGCCAGUUACAUUUUACCGUGUUCUAUAAAAACAUAUUAUACAGGAGAUGUGCUUAUAAGCUACCCCAGAUAGGUUAAAUAUUUAAUAGGUGUGCAAAUUCCCGCUUCAUGCUCAGCUGACUCUAAGGCAUUUGUCAGAAACAUUGUAUUAAUUCAAAAUGAAAUUGUAGAUAAAUGGCUUAAUAUCACAAAGCAAAUAAGCCCGACCAAAGCAUAAGCAGCACAUGCUUCAAUUCUGCCAGCAUUUGUCCAGUGACUGCAAGCAGAAAAAUAAUUGGUAAAUUAUUCAUAGGGGUCCUAAUUAUAAAUAAUGUGUGAAAAGGAAUAGCUGGAACUGUUCGUGAGUAAAAACACUCCUAAAGGCAACAGCCUCAUGCUGGUCCUUACAGUCCAAAUCACCCUUCUUAUUACAUUCAAGACCUUUGGAUCUUGCAUAGGCCCAGUAAAGAAGCGAAUUUUGUCCUAGAUGUCAGGCAGGAUAUUUACUAGCAACACAGAUGAUUAUGCUGGCUGCACUUGGGGUCACUGGAAUCGGAGCCCCAUGGGGUGAGCUGCCCUGGAAUUCAAUUCGGAACUGAUGUUUUACAGUGAGGAGAUUCCCUCGCCCACUGCCCCAGCAAAGCGUGGCAUCUGUGUGUCUGUAGGGAGCACGGACGGUGCCUGGCUCCAACUCACAGCAAAUCCUCAGGGCAGCUGGCAGACUCUACUCUCUCCUUCACAUCCCUCCGGAUCAGGAUUUCUGGAAGAUAAGCAGCGGAAAAUAAAUACUGCACAGCUUGAGUCCUGAUCUGCUGUGAAGAAAAGGGCUCUUUUUGCUUCAUCUGCUGAUCUUUGUAAAACAACAGUGGAGAUGCAAAGGCCUAACAGGGAAAAUGCCUUCCGAACGGAAUUUCAUCUUUUGGUGCGUACAAAGGAUGGCAGAAGAGAGAGACUAAAGUCAAACUGAACAUGGGCAUCAUUGUAAAAGCGGUAUUUUAAAAGAGUACUUUAAAUUCACUUGUGUGCGGUAGAAUUCCUGGAUUUGAAGCCCACAAUUCCCAUUCCAACCACGGCUACUGGGAUGAGGUAACAGAAAAGAGGCUUGGACUGCAGGCAGAAGGUUUUGAGCUGGAACCUGCGAGCUGUCCUUCCUACAAAAGCCCUGUCUUUCCAUAGGGAUUCCCACUGCUCCCACCCCCUGCUUGCCGGGUGCUCUUGUGUCAGCACCAUCCGUGCCCAGGAGCUGCUCAACCUCUGUGGCGAGCUGGUCCUGGCAGGCAGCCCAGCAACUUCCCUGCUGCUUCCCCCACUUCAGACAGGACAGGAGAGAAAAUGGGAGGAAAAGAGCAAGGAAACUCUUGGAAAUUACAAGGAAAUGACUGCCAAGCGCUGCUGUGGGCUGAACAGACUCAGCUCAGGGAAUUCAACUGAAUUUAUUGCCACAGUUAGCAUAAAUAUUCAAUUACUGAUCCAGGUUUUGGGAAACAAGCUAGCAAACCUUGAAACAGCUUUCCUCCCACUCCCCCAGCCUCAGCUUCCCUCCAGGCUCCUCCUGCCCCACUCAUUAUUGCUGCAGGUUCCACUCAGCCCCUUCACUGUGGCAAAAGGUGGUUCAAAGCCUUGGCGGAGGUUGAGUUGGCUUCUGGGUACCAAAAGUUCUCUGUGCUGUGUCUUCCUUCUUGCUCUUUUCCUUCGCCCCAACACUGGUCCUCCAUGGGCUGCAGCCCUUUUGAGGGAUUACCUGCUCCAGCACGGGUCCUCCAAGGGCUCCAGUCCCUUCAGGGCUGUGCCUGUUCUGCUGUGGAGCUCCGCAGUCACCUCCCGACCUUGGAUUGCUCAGAUCGGAAAACUGCUUAAAGACUCAUUCCCAGAAUCAUAUUGUUAUGUGCAGCAAGUUUAAGCAAAACUGUUCCAGGAAUUCUUCCAGGGUAAACUCUUAACCAAACAACUCGUUCCUACUUUGGCUGGUUCAUAAGCACCAGAGAAACAAAGCAAGUAUCAAAUCAGUUGAAACCCACAGGAUUCCUAUAGUCCAUACAUUUUUUUUGCCUGUGUUUAAGGCAAAUUGAACAAACCUUUUAUCCAUCAACUCAAGCUGUUGUUUACUUGCUCGGAAAAGAUUCCCCCCUAAAGUUUUAAAGUACAAUAUUGAGGUAAAACUAUACGUGAUGCACAUCACUGCCUCAUCCUCCCCGCCCAUGGCUAGAGAUUGCCAGUUUACAAUGCCUGCGCAGGCUCUCUAGCACAGCAUGCAAGGCCACAACAUCAGCCCUCGCUGGUUAUCCAAGUAUAACCACGAUUCAAACUCGGGGAACCAUAAAAAUCACAGAAUGGUUUGGGUUGGAAUGAACCUUAAAGAUCAUUCAGUUCCACCCCCCCAUGCCAUGGGCAAGGACACCUCCCACAUAGAAUCAUAGGAAACAAACUCCCUGUUGUUCCACAUGGACCACUGUAAACAACAUCACUUUACACUGACAUCUCAGACUGUAGCUGGGUCCUUUUUGGCUCUUACAAGCAAUCCUUAAAUAACUGAAUUUAAUUCAAUGCUACCAGAGAAAAAGGUGCAAAGAUGAGGACUCCACUUCUAACACUUACCAGGUAUUGGAAUUGCCUGGGAAAGAAAAUAAAAAAAAAAACCAAACACAAACCACAU